AUGUCCCGGAUUGUGAAUUUCUGCUAUGGACUGGGUCCAGUGUUUUUGUUUGUUUGUUUCAUUUUGUUUUUUCAGGGAUUGUUGACAUUCAGAGACAUAGCUAUAGAAUUCUAUCUGGAGGAAUGGCAAUGCCUGGAUCAUGCUCAGCAGAAUUUAUAUAGAGAUGUGAUGUUAGAGAACUACAGAAACCUGGUCUUCCUGGGUAUUGCUGACUCUAAGCCAGACUUGAUCACCUGUCUGGAGCAAAAUAAAGAGUCUUGGAAUAUAAAGAGAAAUGAGAUGGUAGCCAAACAGCCAGGUAGGUGAGAGCGAAUGAAGCAGAUGACGCAGAUGAGAGGUACACAAAUCAAGGAGGCAGCCAGCCCUUAAAAUGUGGUCUGGGGAACUGUGCUUUGAUGGAAAGAGUUUCUGAGAAGCUCAAGUCACUUUUUUCUUUUGCUCUCACACAGGGACACCUUCUGCCCCAUGCUGUUAAAUUCUCCAAGGAUUCU